AUGUCGUCGACUUCUUCGCCUACCGAGUCCACGUCCACGUCGGGGACGUCGACUGCACCAGCCCAAGGGCUUCUCUGGGUGACGACGAGCGUGCUGAACAAGGAGCUGCCGCCUUCCCUUCUCGACGACUGGUACGACGAGCACAAGGAUGAUGUCCUCAACUGUCCCGGAAACGGCGGUCUGUUUCUUCGAUACAAGAAUCUAGACCCGGCGGCAGAUGCAUAUGCCGACCCCAAGUUUGCCGAUCGAUUCACUCCCGACGCGUCGAUGAAGAACAUUUCAGACGCGCGCUGGCCCUACCUUGCGCUGGUCAAGCUGAGCGAUUUGAACUGGUUGACCAGCCAGCAAUUCCUCGAUAUGCCGAGAGUCUCGAAAGUGCUGCCUCGAGAGCCGGACGGGUCCAUGGGAAGCGCGUUCACUUGUUGGCAUGCCGGACUGCGCAGCUAUGAGACUGUAGGAAAGCUGGCGGAUGCAUCAGGCAAGACUACCAGAGCGAAAUAUCUUCUGAGCGUGCAGACGCGUGACGCGGACAAUUCUACCUUUGCGGCCCUGGACGAGAAAUACUCCGCGUUACCUGGCUUUCGAGGCUCGAUCAAGUUCAAGAAGGUCGAUGGCUUGUUGGAGUUCCAAGAGCCUGGGGCUUUGCCGGUUGGCCUUGCGCUAUAUGAGUUUGAUGGCGAAGAGCCUCCUGCUUCAACCGUGGACACAGACCAUGUCAAGGCGGACGUGUGGGAGUUGACUAUGGAGGCGGGCGACCUGUCACUCGGUUUGUAG